AUGAGGAUCAAUAGUCCGGGUGCGGCUAUCGACGGGACAGCCAGAACUGCCAGCCGGGAUGCCCUGGCGCCGCGCAAGGCGCCGGCGAUGCCCCGCCUCACCUUCACGCCGCCGUUCUCGCUCGAAGACCUCGCCUUCUCGACCAAGACCUUCGUCGCGGGAAUCGGCGCGCUGCUGAUUUCCUACUGGCUCGAAGUGAAGGAGCCACAAUGGGCGCUGGUCACCGUCUACCUGAUGGCCCAGCCGAUGGUCGGCGCGAUCCUGUCCAAGAGUGCCUACCGCCUCGUCGGCACGGCGUGCGGCGCGGUGUUCGCCAUGUGCUGCAUCGGCCUGUUCGCGCAGGCCGGGCCGCUGUUCAUCCUGGUGAUGGCCUUGUGGAUCGCGGCCUGCACCUACGGCGCCACCCUGUCGCGCAACUUCGCCACCUACGGCUUCGGCCUCGCCGCCUAUUCGGCGCUGUUGAUCGGCUUCGGCUCGGUCGACGCGCCGGAACUGGCCUGGAGCAUGGCCGGCGACCGGCUGAGCGAGGUCGGGCUCGGCAUCAUCUGCACCGCCCUGGCGACCGGCGACGGCGCAGGCCAUCAAGCCGCCGAUGAGCGAGAUAUGCUCCAUGGCGACGCGGAAACUCAGCGUGCGCGCGGGCUCCUGCAUCGUCCAGAACGGAUGGGCGAGCAGGAUGGCGACCACGAGGAAGCCGCUCAGGAUGCCGCAACCCAGCCACAGCCAGCGAUCGAACAGGAUCAUCAGGGAUCCGACCAGCAAGGUCGCGACCAGAACGACAUUGAGGACGCCCGCGGGUUCCAGGCGGAGCUCCUUCAGUUCGGCAACGCUGUGCUGGAACUCGAUCAGAUGCGCGAGGCCCGCGCUCCAGAACACGAAGGUCAGCACCAGCCGCGCCAGGAACCAGCCAAUGCCGCUGUCCAGAAAAGCCGCGAUGACUCGCGGCAUGUCGUUUCGGCCCAUCCGCUGGCCCAUGCCGUCCUGAUGCGCGACGGCGGCCCGGAGGCCGCCGUCCGGACCUGGGGCGUCUUCUGCCUGCCCUCCGUCAAUGAAGACGGCUCGCAGGCGCCCGUCCAACAGGCCGGCAAGCUCCACGAAUGCUGCCUUGGCCUGGCGCAGGCAUCCGUGCUCGCCGAGCCGUCGGCCACCGCCUUCCUGAUCGUCGAGCCCGCUGCCGAGACGAUCGUCUUCGCGGCCAAUGACGAGGCCCUGGCUCCCGUCGGCAUCCGCGACGGGCCCCACCGACCGCGCGGUCCCCCCUCCCACGUCUGA